AUGGUUGCCAUUCCUGGACCUAACGCGUUUCGCAACCAAGCGGAGCUCAGUCAUUCUUCGAUGCGACUUCCUCAAUCCCGAUCGGAGGGCAACGUCAGGUCCUUUGACCAUUCUGGUUGCGACUCCGCCGGGUUUUCAGGUAAUUAUUUUCAUCAGUGGUAUCCAAGCGCGAGCUACUAUCCAGAGCAGCGCAAAGAUCUGUCUGAAUUACCGGACAGAACAAAAGUUCGACAGAGAUCGCGAUCUCCUGUGAAAGUCCUAGAGGACCUUGACGAAUACGAAGAAAUUGCUUAUCUAUCGACACCCUCCCGUCGACCACGUUCUCCACACAAAAAGCUUUUUGGCGAAAACGGUUGGCUGGGUAAGUCACCAACAAUUGAAAAGCAGAAAAAGCCGGGUUUCAAGGCGUUUGGAGAGAAGAUCAAACAACGCGUCGAGGAUAUGACUGGAGAUGUCAUGAAAACCACUUCUAUAGCAUUCCAAUCGAAAUCAUCGACACCGGCCAUAUCAAAGUGCCCCAUAUCACUCGAUCCUCCGACCCAGGCUAAGCUCUAUUCCGAAAUGGAGCUGAUGAUCUGUGUGACCGCAAACAAGUUUCUUAUGGACCAAUAUCGCGAAGGGCGUAUGUCAGCAGAAUCGGUGACGAAGAUAAUCAAUUUCUGGACCUCUAAAAACAGGCCGCAAGUGGUCCAAUUCCAAUUCGACCAAGCAACCCAGCGGGAUUUAAUUCUUUACAAUAUCAAGAACUUUGCCUUUCACGGAGAGUGUGCUGCAAACUCAGUUCUCCUAAAUGCCACUCUCUACAAUUGGAAAAUUAUCACUAAAGAGAUGAACGUCCGCACAUUCUGCUACCCGGAUAGCGUGAUUCGAAAACAUAUGCACGAUACUCACAAGAUAUUGGAAAUGCUGGGAGCGCCAUGUGUCACCUUUCUUGCUUUUCAGGAGCUUCAGGUGAAUGCGCUUGCCUUGAUGAAGCAGGAACAGGAAAGAAGAAUCAAUUUUAGUAGGGAUCAUGGCGUUACAAAGGAGUAUCACCCUCCUACCCUCUCGAAGGACGAGUAG